GUUCGGGAUGCUUUAGAAGGGCCAAGGUCAGGUACCUCGUCUCAGUUUUGAGCUAAUGCAGGUGUAAGCAGGAGGCUUACAUUUUCUCGGGGCUCGCAUUUCUCGGGAAACCCCUCGAUGUCAGAGACUCAUGUUAUGGCAGUGAGACACGUGCUGCAAGGGUUUUGAUAUUGGAAUGUCGAGAUGAGGGAGGAGAGGGCGCAAAAGCAUCUUACUCGGUAGCUCUGGCUGGAGAAUUUCUUAGUUAUCCACAGGCGAGAUUGGAAUCAUAAUUCGUGCACGGGUUGACUAGCCGGAGAGACCAGAGGGGUUCGUUUUGUGGAAUGUUUUCGAUUUAUUUCCUUAAAUGCAAAGCGGAUAACGAGUCCCCGCGGUUGAUGUCCCACUUGACCAGCGGAUUUUACUACUACCGCUACGAUGAAAAUCGCCUGGUGGUCAAUUAUUCUGCUCUGGUGCAGUCUUGCGACGUGCUGGCAGGUCUUUCCAGACUCGGCAGUCGAUGAAUAUGAAAAGAAGUGUGCGGAUGCUCUGUCGACCAAUAUCACCACUUGCCUGAAAGCAGUCCACGGACUGAGUUCCAAUAACCACUACUCCCAGCAUGGCCUAGAUGUCAUCUGUAAGGAUGAGUGUCGUGAUAAUCUCCAGAAGUACGAGCAAACGGUGAAGAAAGCAUGUCCUGGAGUCACCUAUACCAGCGAGUGGGGGAACGAUUUCCCCAUUUCUGCCGUUGCAAGCACGCUGGUUUUCAACUUCAACCAGACCUGCCUCAAGGACGAGGGCAAAUACUGCAACCUGGUCUUGGGGAAUUUGACCAAGAAUGACGGGGAUCAAUGCCACAAGUGUACCCUGUUGAAACUGCGCAACGAGGCUCAGUUUCCGUAUGGGAGCGGACCCAAGGUGUACUCGGAAGCCUAUCCUAGCUUCACGUCCUCCUGUGGUUUCACCGGAUAUCCUGUGACAGCCCCUCCGACUUCGAAGCCUUCUCCAUCGACAAGUAAGAAUUCAACUUCCACCUCGGUGUCAGCGACACCGACAAGCUCCGCCUGCAAGGGUAAGAAGUAUACGAUUAAGAAGGGAGAUACUUGCGAGUCCGUAUCCAAGUCUCAGAGUGUUGCCACCAUGCAACUCCUUCUCGACAACGAACUGCAGGCCUACUGCCAUAACUUCCCCACAAAGGGAGAUCUAUGUAUCAUGAACCAGUGUGCGGUCUACACCGUCAAGGACGGCGACACUUGCAAGAGCGUCGCCAAGGCACACAAGAUUACGACCGUCCAGCUCCGUUCGUACAAUCCCUGGAUCGACGGCAAUUGCUACAACUUCAACCGCACGAUCGGCACACAGAUCUGCAUGGACGAGCCGGGAGACAAAUAUCGUCCGCCGUCGCGACCCGUUGGGAUUCCAACCAGCGUUUCUUCAGCGACAACUGCCAGCACUGCUGUUCCCACGCCGACCAACGUGGCGGAUGAAACAACCAAACAGUGUGGAAAAUACUACGCCGUAAAGAAGGGGGAGGAUUGCAGUACCAUGGUGAAAAGAUUUGGUAUCAGCAGGGAGGACCUGGGGAUUCUCAAUCCCGGUUUGAACGCGAACUGCACCAACCUUCUUUCCGACGUGAGCUACUGCGUGACGCCGGUGGAGGAUAUCAACAACUAUCCCGGUGCCCCGGGGUAUGUUCCCUCUUAUUCCACCAUCGCCUGGGACACUCUCCCUUCAGCGACAUAUGAACCAGUUCUCAAACCCCAUAAGUUGCCUCUGGCACGAGGUACGGCCAAAGACUGUCAAGUGUACGCCGACGGCGGGGAUCUGCAGUAUGACUUUGGGGUGAGCCCGUGCAAGGCAGCGGAGGUCAUCUGGGAGAUCAACGAGAAGCAGCUUCUGGACUGGAACCCAUCGCUGCGCUCCGGCGGUAAAAAUGAAGGGGUGGGGAGCGGAUUCGAAUUCAUCUUCCUCCGCGAGUUCCACCACGUCUGA